GUUUCGAAAGAGCCGCGACCUUCUCCCCGUCGCGUCGCGCGCCUCGCGUUCCCAGUGGUGUCCAGGGGGUGAAGUUCGCGCGUGAGGGGCCCGCUCGUCCGUUUAUCCCGUGAAUUGUCUCUCUCGCGGACCUUUUCGCGACGAAGGGCCGCGCGCGCGAAUCAACAUGGAACAGCAGCCUCGCAGACUCCGUCCCCGCGCUAUCCGGAGUUGACGAAAUACGUAUCGUGCUUUCGUGCGUUCUGUCCCCGGCUUCGCUUCAUCCGAAAACGUUUCUCGCGGACGUUCUCCGCCGACGUCCCGACGUCUGUAUUGCGAAGCGCGGAAUAACGCGGCGCGAGAGAGUGCGUUGGGUACUCUUGGGGCGUUCUCGUACGGUCUACGACCCCGCGAUGGUGUGACAGUAUAGUGAUCGUAUGGUGAAGCAGUGUCCGCAAGCAGUGACAGCGCCGGUCGAAUGAUCGAGCCGGAAGAUUUCGAUCGUUCAGCGUGCCGCUCGCGCGGCGCUCGAUCGCGACUGCUGUGAGAUCCGAGUGGAGAACGUCGAAUAUUUCGCAGCGCCGUUGGACACUUCGGAGCUUGGAAAAAUAAUCACGCGAACACUUUGUCAUCGCGAAAAUGAUUAAAUAGUAAUUGUCAAGCAAUAAAUUCUUCACUGCCCGUUUAGAAAAAUUAUAACCAAGAUUGUUCCUGUAACAGGAAAGAGAAAAAAAGUAUCGUCGGUCGUUAUCAAAGUAGAGGAUAGAGAUUGUCGAUCGUGAACAAAGGCAUAUGUGAGUUUCAGCGCAAAUUCCGUCCUGCAGUGCUUCGCUUUGUCAAACAUAAAUUCCGCGUGAAGUGACUUCCAGCUUCUUGACAGGAACCUCGCUCUCGAGCAUCCCGUAAACGUCGUCGGGCUGCGCGGGUCUCUCGAGGGUUCCACAUUUAAUUGCCAUCGGACGUGCAGAAGUGCGUUGCAAGAGGAACGAACGGCGAGGGUGCAAUAAAAAAAUUCACGUUCGCACGGCCCAUCGAAACGACGGGGAAUCGUGCAGCGGCGGCUGAUGGGGAGAUGUUAAAGUUAAAAGCCGCUCGUAAAACGCGUCGUCUCGCGGGUGCCACAACGCUGCUGUUACGCGUACGGAACUUGUUUAUCUCGGCCGCGACAUUGAUGCAAAAUUGAAAGGCCGGGAAAAAUAAUCUUUCUCUCCGUCUCUCGACGCGCAAGAUCGAGCGAGAGAGCUCUCUUACGGAGUUGCGAAAACGAGCGAUUUGUGCACACCGAUCGUCGGAGUAACGACGGCUGUCGUUAACUCCGACUAAAAGGAAGCAAAGUUCCCUCGAACUCCUUGUUUGUGACUGCUAUCGAAGCACGGUCGAGUCUUCGCGAAAGAGUAAUUGCUAGCCCGGAAAAAUGCGGCGGGGCCGCGCACACGGGAAGAACAAUCGCGGCGAAAUGAUGGAUGGUACGUCCGGUUCAUCGCGCAGAUUGCAUUAAUAACGACGAUCGGCCUAAUGCAUCGCGAGCGAUCUUACGAACGCCGAUGUAGCGAGAUGCACGGAGACGACGUUUAGUGCCGGGACAUCGAUCAACAUGGAUCACACAGGAGUAAUCUACGUCGAAAGAAUGAGUGAUAACGAUGAUGCGGAGAUCGCCUAAGUGCGUGUGAGGCCGAUAACACGCGGUCAAAGUUGAACGUUGACGCGAUUGACGACGCCUGUGCGAUAUGAAAAACAGGCCGUCCGGUGGUUAAAUCCGACGUAAACUCAACGACGAUUGUCGGCGGACGGACGUGAAUUAAUAUUUAAAUAAAACGCCGGGUUAAUUAUUAAAAGCCUGGUUAGCCGAUGCGGUUGCUCGCGCGAAGGUACGUGACUCGCGAAACCGCAAUACGUUUCUCUGCAUUAGUGACGUCUGUAAUUGGGAGAAUGCGGCACCGUCGUGGAAUCGUUUUGUGAUAGUGAGAGAAUUAUUAAACAGUGGCAGCUGCUUCAUUUAACGCGAUUUCAUUGACGCGGGGAAAACUAAUUAAGCGUAACGCUCUGUAUCGUGCGAGCGGUAUAGUAAAGCGAGAUUUUACGCCAGUCGUUCGCGAACGUGAGUGACUGUGCAUGGAUGUACGGUGGUACGAAGUGAUUCUGUCCCGCACCGAUCGAGAAUACGUGGAAUGCCGCGAUCGUUGCUAGUGUGCUAGUGGAUCCACUCCCACCAUUGGGAGUGAGCGUCUCUUGAAAACGGCCGCGUCGAAAUGCGUCUGAGAUAGUAUAUCAGUAUGUGAUUGAGCCACGCCGGGGAAAAGCGAUGUCUACUUCUCUUCCCACACUUGUCUGUUUUAUAAUUUGUUUUGGUGGAAUAGCGUCAUGUCUACGAAACUUUCGGACCGAUUUCCUGGAAGAAUGGCCGACGCCGGGCACCGGACCUCACUUCGACACUUCUAUGCAAUCGAACUUCACCGGUCUGGUGGGGAAAACGGUGCAUCUCGUGUGCAAGGUGAAGAACUUGGGGAAUCGAACGGUUUCCUGGGUGAGGCACCGAGAUAUACACCUGCUAACGGUUGGUCGUUACACCUAUACGAGCGACCAGCGUUUCGAGGCACUACACUCUCCUCAUACGGAGGACUGGACCUUGAGGAUACGAUAUCCUCAGCGGAAGGACUCCGGGACUUAUGAGUGCCAAAUAUCAACGACCCCGCCCAUCGGCCACCACGUGUACCUAACAAUAGUCGAGCCGGUAACUGUUAUAAACGGUGCGCCAGAACUCUUCGUCAAUAAGGGCAGCACCAUCAACCUGACAUGCGUCGUGAGAUACGCUCCCGAGCCACCCCCAACGAUGACUUGGAGUCAUAAUUCGGAGAUCAUCAAUUUCGACUCGCCGCGUGGCGGUAUCAGUCUGGUCACUGAAAAAGGUCCCGAGACAACGAGUCGUUUGAUGAUUCAGAAAGCCGUGCCGAGCGACUCCGGGGUUUACCGGUGCGAGCCGAGCAAUGCGAAUCCCAGUAGCAUAAAGGUGCACGUUGUUAACGAGGAACAUCCAGCCGCGAUGCACCACGGGGAUGGAAGCUCGUCUUACAGCAAGACACGGCCGAUUUGUUUUAUAAUUUUAGUGAUAGCUAAUGUAAUGUUUAUAUAAGGCGAGAAGAGUACGGAAACACACACUUACCCGACACGAUAAAACAUGAAAGGCGCGAUCGCCGAGAGAAUCGCGGAUUGCCUAUUUAACGUCGUUAACGUUUCUUGGGUAAAAAUAUUUGUGCAGGGUAAAACCGAACAUUUUACCAUUUACAUUAAAAGAAAAGAAGAAAAAAACCUUCCGUGACCAAAAGAGUUUUCAAAUAUCAGCACGGCACAAUAAUCGGUAAGAGCGUAGUAUUUUGUUAACGUAUAUCAUCAAGAACGAAUAACUUACGACGUCAAAAUUUAUUGUAUUAUUUGUAAAUAAAUUUAUUGUAUGUACAUAUCAAUAAAACGAUUGUCUUUAUCUUGA